AUCCAUGCCCCAUGCACUUGCGUAAUAGCCAACCAUUAAAAAUAGCAAAUUUGCAUCAGAUUGUCAUUUUGUGAUCGGACUUGAAUCUUGAUAGAGAGCAUUUCUCACUCCCAAAACUAUCUCGGGAAUACACAAUGGCCUCCCUCCAUUGCUCUGCUUCUACACUUCCGUCCCAAUCGAUUCUAGGGUUCCGCCGUCCCACCAUCAGAACCUCCACCACACCCCUUACACUUGCUGCCAAUGUCCCUCUUACCCCUUCCAAUUUCAGGUUCAAGAAUGCUGUAAGAUUGCAAGUGAGGCAGAGUUUAUUUUCUGUCUUUGCAUCAAAUGCGAACCCAUCAGAUCAAGAUCCUCUCACAGAGAAAUCAGGUGGGAUCAAAACCAAUGAUGCCGGUCAAGGUCCUCCAUUGCCCACUAUUUUGGCUGGUUUAGUAGUCUUUUUUCUCAUAUUUUGGAUCAUUGGAUCCAUCCUAACGUGGCUGAUUAGUCUAAUUGUCCGUUUCCCCCCUUCUGAAUAAGUUUCUAUUUUGACCAUCAUGUACAAAAAGCUUGAACAAAUAUUUAUCUUAGACCAAUAUAUUCCAUUGGACAAGCUAUAUAACUGGUGAUGAGAAACAAUGAAUGAAGUGAUUUAGAGAUGCCGGGAUAUAUUUCCAACAAAGACUGCAUUGAUGUCUAUGGUUUUUGAUGAUGAGAAUGGUUAUGUAAUGAACUUGAUCCCAAUCAGAUUAUCACAUGAUUUAGUGGUUAA